AGGACCUCACACCAGAGCUUUGGACUGAAGCAGAAGAGCCUCAGGAUAGAACAGAUCGGACUUGCUGAUCAUCUCGUGUAGGCAACAGAAAAUGACCAUGUUACAGGACCUCCAUAAAGUGUGGACUGGAAGUGCGUGAGGGGGCAUCCUUGCCUUACCUGCCCUGUCUGCUGUAUAGCGCAUUAUAGCAGUUCAGUUCUGACACCAACUGUCUGAUGUUAGCACAGACUCCAGCAAGACUGCCAUCACUUCAGUUGCUAGCUGAGUCGUUCUCGUUUGAAGAUUUGUCGGUGGACUUCACCCAGAAGGAGUGGCAGCUCCUGGGCGCCCCGCAGAAGGACUUGUACAAGGAUGUCAUGUUGGAGAACUACAGCAGCCUUGUGUCGCUGGGGUAUGAAGUUAGAAAACCCGAGGUCAUCCUCAAGUUGGAGCGAGGGGAAGAGCCGUGGACAGGCGAUGGAGAAAUCGCAAGUUCAGACCCUCUGGAACAAGUCUUAGAAGCAAGUGGUCACGUGACAUGGCACCAGGAUACCCAAGAGAAGCUUAGAAACAGGAAACAACAUGAUGAAUGUGAUGCAUUUGGAAAAAAUUUCAAUCUGAGCAUGAACUUUGCUCCUUUAAGGAAAUCAAACAAUGAAGGUGAUGUAGAUGGAUUAAUUUUAAAACAUCAUUUAGAUUUACUUAUUCCAAAAGCAGAUUAUGGAAAAAUGGAACCAGAUGACCUAAAUGUUUUUGAUAAAUUGUUUCUCCAUACCAGACCCGAGGAAACUGACACUUGGUUAAAAUGCUAUGAAUGUGAUAAAUAUGAUAAAGGCAGCUGUAAGAAGUCACAGAUUAUCAUAUAUCACAGAACUCGUUUAGGGGAGAAACUCUAUGAAUGCGGUGAAUGUAGGAAGCGCUUCACUAAGAAAUCAAGUCUUAUUAAACAUCAGAGCAGACAUGUAAGAGAGAUAGCCUAUGGCUGUGGUAAAUGUGGCAAAACCUUUCCCCAGAAGUCACAGUUUAUUACACAUCACAGAACUCAUACAGGAGAGAAACCUUAUGAUUGUGGCCAGUGUGGGAAGGCCUUCUCCCAAAAGUCACAGCUCACAUCCCACCAGAGGACACACACAGGAGAAAAACCAUAUGAAUGUGGUGAGUGUGGGAAGGCCUUCUCCCGGAAGUCACAUCUCAUAUCACAUUGGAGGACACACACAGGGGAAAAACCCUAUGGGUGCAGUGAAUGUGGGAGGGCCUUCAGUGAGAAGUCAAAUCUCAUUAAUCAUCAGAGAAUUCAUACAGGAGAGAAACCUUUUGAAUGCAGAGAAUGUGGGAAAGCCUUCAGCAGGAAGUCACAGCUUGUUACCCAUCACAGGACGCACACAGGAACAAAACCUUAUGGGUGUAGUGAUUGUAGAAAAGCCUUCUUUGAGAAAUCAGAGCUCAUCAGACAUCAGACUAUUCACACUGGAGAGAAGCCCUAUGAAUGCAGUGAGUGUCGGAAAGCCUUCAGAGAGAGGUCAAGUCUUAUUAACCAUCAGAGAACCCAUACAGGAGAGAAGCCUCAUGGAUGCAUUCAGUGUGGGAAAGCCUUCUCCCAGAAGUCACACCUCAUAUCACAUCAGAUGACACACACGGGAGAGAGACCCUUCAUAUGCAUUAAAUGUGGGAAGGCCUUCAGCAGGAAAUCCCAGCUUGUUAGACAUCAGAGAACUCACACAGGAGAAAAACCCUAUGAAUGCAGUGAAUGUGGGAAAGCUUUCAGUGAAAAACUAAGCCUCACUAAUCAUCACAGAAUUCAUACAGGAGAAAAGCCCUAUGUGUGCAGUGAAUGUGGGAAAGCCUUUUGUCAGAAGUCACAUCUCAUAUCCCAUGAGAGGACACACACAGGAGAGAAACCCUAUGAAUGCACUGAAUGUGGGAAAGCCUUUGGUGAGAAGUCAAGUCUUGCAACUCAUCAGAGAACUCACACGGGAGAGAAACCCUACGAAUGCAGGGAUUGUGAAAAAGCCUUCUCCCAGAAGUCACAGCUCAAUACUCACCAGAGAAUUCACACCGGAGAGAAACCCUAUGAAUGCAGUCUUUGUAGGAAAGCUUUCUUUGAGAAAUCAGAGCUAAUUAGACAUCAGAGAACUCACACAGGAGAAAAACCUUAUGAAUGCCCUGAAUGUAGAAAAGCUUUCAGGGAAAAGUCAAGUCUCAUCAAUCAUCAGAGGAUACAUACGGGAGAGAAACCCUUCGAAUGCAGCGAAUGUGGCAAAGCCUUCUCUCGGAAAUCACACCUCAUCCCACAUCAGAGGACACACACAGGAGAGAGGCCCUAUGGAUGCAGCGAAUGUAGGAAGGCCUUCUCCCAGAAGUCACAGCUUGUUAAUCAUCAGAGGAUUCAUACAGGGGAGAAACCUUAUCAGUGCACUGAAUGUGGGAAAGCCUUCUCCCAAAAGUCACAGCUAAUUAAUCAUCAGAGAACUCACACAGUAAAGAAAUCCUAGGAAUGGAGUGAAUAUUAGUCUCUGACAGAGAUCUUACCUCAUUGUACUUGAGAAAAUGCAGUUGUGAUAAAUCAGAUAACAGUCACAUCACUGUAUAUGUCUGAGUACUCUUAGGGUAGGAGUGAUAAUGAGGUUCUGAGCUUACCGCAGAUGCUUCUAAUACGUUUAUAUCAGAAUUCAUAGAGUAGAAUGAGCUUAUGAAACGCAGCGGAUUUCAAAAUCCUGUCAAACCUCAUAUGGUAGAAAAUUAACAGCAAAGAGGAAUUGUGAAUUGUACCUCAGAUAGCUUUCCAGAGGUCAAAUCUCAUUAGCUGUUGGAAACAUUCCCACUGGAGAUAAAUCUUAGUCCAGUGAGUGAAGGAAAACCCCAUGAAUGCAGCAAGUGACAUAAUAUUUUCAUCAAGAAAUGACAGCUCAUUGUCCAUAAGAAAAUGCCCUCAGGAAUGAAAUUCUGUGAAAAUACUGGAUUAUGGGACAAUCUUCAGCAGGUAAUCCAACCAUAUUGUAUUUUGGAGAAUUCAUAUUGUGGGGUAAACCUAAUUUAAAGUCAUUGGAAAUAUGUGUUCCUAGAAAUAAUGCUAUAAAGGGAAGCCAUACACUUUUUAUAAACAUGGGUACCCAAAAUACCCAAUUUAAAUGGUUGACAGGUGUUCACUCUGAAGUAUGAAGUUUUAAAGAUAUAUGAAUAAAUUGAAUUAUUGGAACAUCUAAAUAAGAAAUUUCUCAGUGGUAUUUAUGGCUUAUUUUCCUGUGUCACAUAUGUGUACUUUGGAAUGGCAUAUGGUAGUGUAAUUGGGAGCAUGAAAUGCACACAACCUUGUAGUGCCUCUGAUGUCUGUGGAGACACAUGCAACUGGUUUUUCCAUUUUAAUGAUAUUAUAAAAAUGGUAACUAAUAUCACGUCUUAUUGCUGAAUAAGUAGCUUAAGUAAUGAAUGAGAGUAAAAUGAGAUACCACAUCUCUUUUUCCCUUGUGGUUUGUUGGCAUAUCAAAGGGGUCUGUUAUUACUGACCUUUCUCUUCAGUAACAAAAGCCAACAUUAUAUAAAGUCUCCUGCACCCUCAGAGUCUGAGAAACAGUUUAUAUAAGUAUUCAAAGGCAAGAAGCACAGACCAGCACUGGUGACUCAUGAUGAACUGAGUGAGCAGGAGGAGGGUGAGCACUGUGUCACUCAGCACUCAGACGAGAUGGCAGUGGUGCUGAGCACAGUCUGUUUCUCAGUGAGUUACAGGCCUGUGAGCAUCACGUUCAUAAAGUGCUGUGUAACAAGUGCAGCUUGUACUUUAGUUUACUCUGAUGAGUGUCAUGGAUGCUGUGUGCUGCUCUUAUGUUUUUGAUGUUUCAUAAAGUAUCUUGUAAAAAAUUA